AUGAUGGCUUUCCAUCUCCUUCUAGUCAUAUCACAGAUUACUAGUGCAGCCGGCUACUGUUACAGCCGUAACGGCACUACUCUCCUCAAUGCGGCCUUUCAACCAUGCAACAACACGACAAAAUAUUCCGCAUGCUGCAUGACGAACCAUAGCGGCGCUGGAGACAUUGGCAUUGCAGAUGAUGUGUGUAUGGAAAAUGGUCUUUGUCAAAACUAUGCGGUGUAUAAUGGGAAUAAUGAGGGUGAGCAAGUUUGGUCAAGACAAGGUUGUACAGACCCGCUGUGGAACAGUCCCUACUGUCUUGGAGACGUGUGCAACAAGCCAGAGUACGCCGACAAGUGGGGUAAUGUGGGCGUCCAUAACUGUGGAGGAGAAAAUUGGUGCUGUGGGGAGAAAACUUGUUGUAAUGAUGAGAGCAACAUCUUCGAACUCGCAGCAACUGUGGGCCCUAUAUCGACUAUUAUCUCAGCAACGCCCUCAGUAACGCCCUUUCUAUCAGCAACGCCCAGUUCCUCAGCCAUAACAUUGUCAACCUUGACUCCUACCCCGUCUUCUGUCCUCGAGGGGAACGUCUCAUCAGGUGGUCUUAGUGCAGUCGCAAAAGCUGGUAUCGGGGUGGGUAUAGCAGUUUUUGUGAUCCUAGCAGCAGGAAUAUCAUGGAUGAUAUCUAGGUCGAGAAAUUCCAGUGGAGGAGACGGCAGUUCUUCAGACGAAAGUACGCUGGACACAGAUCUGGCGAAGGGGGAAAUGCAUCAGUCACGUGUCCAUGCACAUGAAUUGUGGUCGAAUCAUGGAUAUGGGGAACUGGGUCAACGUGAAAAUGCGGAACUAAUGGCAAACAACGCUCCUCAGGAGUUAGAGGGUAUAAGUCGCAAUGUGCGCACUGAGCCCCAUUUAUUUUAA